UGUGGUGGGAAGCAUGUAGGAUACUACUACAUAUGCUCUCUAUUCUUUCUCUUCUCUCUUUUCCUUUCUUUGCUCAUUGUUUAACCAUUCUUUUCUUUCAAGCAUUCCUUCCCCUUUUUAAAGGACCAAUCAAACUUUUCUUCUUCUUUUUUUAAUCUCUUUCCAUUGUUCUUAACAUCAAGAACAUGUUUGUUUGAUUUCAUGCUUGUGUAUUUAUUAACUUGGAAAUUUCAGGCAAAACACAAUGGACAGUGCAAACACAAGGAGUGUAGAUCAUGUGCCAUCAGAAAUACUUGACAGAGAUGCUUCAUGGAAGGAUUUCGAUACGUCUACCGACGCAAUUUCCUUCGGCUUUGCUGCUACAGCAAUUUUGAUCUCGAUGUUUCUCUUAAUGGCGAUCUUCGAACAUCUUAUUCGGCCUAGAGUUUUCUUUUCACAACAACAAAGUGAUCAAGGCUCAAUUCAAACAGUUCUAAGACAUGGUUCUAAUCAGCAGCAUUCCCCGGGAAAGUUCAGGUGUUCUACUUCUCAAGUUGAAUCACCGAACCGAUUGAAUUAUCCGGUGUUGAUGCCGGGGCAGCAAUGUCCUACUUAUCUAGCUCAACCAUGUCCUCUUCCUUGCCGACGAGAAGGGAUUCAAUGGCCUUCUCAUGAUCAUUACUCUGUUUCAUUUCAAUAGGAACACAUUGUAUAGAAACUCAGUGCUUGUUGGUUCAAUUAAUUUGAUGAAUAUUCUACUGUUUGAAUUUCU